GCUAGGAGGACUGCGCUCUGUUUCUGAGGCCGUGUUUGGAAAUGUUGGUGUGUUCGGUGGAUCGUCUUGUAUGGGCGAUCUGCCUGUCUGUUCAGUAUGAAGAGGACAUGGGUUGAAAAAUGCAAAAAUGUUGAAGAACUGGCAUGUCACUAUAAACGGCAUCCCCUGAAUUCCCCCUACCGACCCAAGCUAGCCAAGCCAUGGCAGCCAUCUUCAGUCUGGAGGCUUUUUCACCGUCAAGCUGCGGCAUUUGAAUUUGCCAAAACUUGUAAAGAGGCUAUCCAUGUCUUUGCCUUGGAGAUUGUUCUUGAUGAUGCUGGAAAGCGACUGUAUCUUGUGACAACAUACACAGAGUUUUGGUUUUACUACAGCAAAAAUUCCGAAACCCUGGCUCACUGCUAUGAAGUCAUUCCUGCUGAUACAGUUUGCAAACUUUACUUUGAUUUGGAGUUUUAUAAACCAGCAAAUCCGGGAACUGAUGGCCAAAAAAUGGUUGCUCUUUUAAUUGAGUUUUUCAUCAGGAUGCUUCAGGAACAUUAUGGGUUAACAUGUCCUGCAGAUUGUGUAAUAAAUCUGGACUCCAGCACCGAUGACAAAUUUAGUCGUCACUUAAUAUUUUUAUUACCCAAUGCAGCCUUCAAGGAUAAUAUCCAUGUAGGUCAUUUUAUUAGGACAGUAUUACAGCCCCUAUUCCCUCCAAGUAGUAUAUGUACCCACACAGACCCUGGGACGUCCGUAAUGGAAGCUGCAGAACUCUGUGAAAAUACUUCCACCAAAGGAAAAUGUAAUGGCAGCAUGGAUGUGACAGAGGAAUAUUGUGACCUUUCUUCCUUUCUUGUGAGGGAUAAAAAUGGUGGAAAACAACCUUUUAUAGACCUUGGAGUUUACACAAAAAACAGGAACUUCCGUUUAUACAAAUCCUCUAAACUGGGAAAGAAUGCCGUGUUUGAAUUGGCUGAAGACAACAAGUUUUUCGGCAAGCCCCCCAAGCAUGUGUCAGCGGAAGAGCACAUUUUCCUCUGCUCUUUAAUUAGCAAUGUGAGAUUUACAGACUGCUUAAAAAUCUUGACCUGUACCAGCCCGAGUGACAGGAAUGGAAGUGGUCGUGUCAGCUCUGGAGGAUCCCUUAUUUCAGCAGGCAGUGUCAUGAAUGGAUAUCAGUCUUCACCCUAUCCAGAAAUUGAUCAAUUCAUAUGGUCACUUGUCACAAGAGAAGGCUUCCAAGGAGGUAUUCGGCAGUGGAACUACUUUGCUUCAGAGGAGUUGCUUGUUUAUGACACUGCCAACUACCGCUGGUGUGAAAACAUAUGGCGGGCUCACAAAAGCAAUAAUGUCAUGCUUCUAGUGGAUCUGAAGAGAGAUGUUUGGUAUCAGAAAUGCCACGAUCCAAUUUGCAGGGCACAGAACUUUAAGUCUAAUAGUUAUCCUUUACCUUCUGAAGUAUGUCUUCCAACCAUUUUUAAAGAGGAAGAUGAAGACUGUUGUCUUGCAAUGGAUGAAAACGGGAACAUUAAGAAGACACAACAGUUGGCUAUUCACACAAAACAACAUCUGUCAGGAGAAUCAGAAGAGCAGAUCGGGACUUGUGAACCGGACUGGGAUGAUUGCAUUGAUGAUGCCUGUAUGCUGGAAGCUGCUGAGGAUGCAGAAUUGGCUGACAUCGUGGAUCACAGCCUUUCUGAAUGGAAUUUGGAACGCGCUGAUAUUCCAGAUGAACUACUUUUGGAAGCCAUGGGUGAUCAGGACACCUCAGUAGAACAAUAAAUCAAUGUUUUCUCCGCAUGAAGUCACAACUGUUUGUGAUUUAUGUACUGAAUGAUU